UAUAAGGAUCAGUCAAAUCAGGCAAACCAGAUGGUUCUUCAAAACGACACAGUGAACAGAGCACAACACUGAACAGAGAAUCAGCUCAGAGCCAAAGAAGAAAACAAGAAUGAGCAGCGGCACUGGGCAAGUGGCGUGCGUCACCGGCGCUUCCGGUUACAUUGCUUCCUGGAUCGUCAAAUUUCUUCUCCAUCGUGGUUACACUGUUAAGGCCACUGUUCGCGACCCAAAUGAUCCCAAAAAGAUAAAUCACUUGCUUAAGCUUGAUGGUGCCAAGGAGAGAUUGCAUCUUUGCAAGGCGAAUCUUCUAGAAGAAGGUUCAUUUGACUCUGUCGUUGAAGGUUGUCACGCUGUGUUUCACACUGCUUCUCCCUUUUAUCACGAUGUCAAGGAUCCGCAGGUUGAAUUGUUGGACCCAGCAGUGAAGGGGACUCUCAAUGUUCUGAAAUCGUGCGUGAAAUCGCCAGCGUUGAAACGCGUCGUUUUAACCUCUUCUAUUGCUGCUGUUGCGUACAACGGAAAGCCUCGAACUCCUGAUGUAGUGGUUGACGAAACAUGGUUUUCCGAUCCAGAUUUCUGUAGGGAGUCACAGAUGUGGUAUACACUUUCAAAGACUUUGGCUGAAGAUGCUGCCUGGAAAUUUGUAAAAGAAAACAACAUUGACAUGGUUACAAUUAACCCAGCAAUGGUUGUUGGACCUCUCUUGCAACCAGUCCUUAAUACCAGUGCCGCAUCAAUUUUAAAUGUAGUUAAUGGUGUGCAAUCAUUUCAGAAUGCAUCUUUUGGAUGGGUCAACGUGAAAGAUGUUGCAAAUGCCCAUAUUCUAGCAUAUGAAAAUUCUUCAGCUAAUGGAAGAUAUUGUUUGGUUGAAAGAGUCGCACAUUACUCCGACGUUGUGAAGAUUUUACGUGACUUGUACCCAACAUUGCAACUUCCACAGAAGUGUGCAGAUAAUAAGCCAUAUGUGCCAAUAUAUCAGGUUUCCAAGGAAAAAGCAAAGAGCUUGGGGAUUGAAUUUAUUACUUUGGAAGUGAGCCUCAAGGAGACUGUAGAAAGCUUGAAGGAAAAGAAGUUUAUAAAUUUUAAUUUGUCACCUUAAUGAAGCAAUUUUGAUUUGUGAUAUCUCCCAGAGGAGAAAACGUGGAAACGUCACUCGGCUUCUUAUGCUCAUGCUUAUGAAUAAACUUACAGUAAAAUAAGAUAUAAAUCAAAACUGAUGUUAAGUACUGAAAUAAGCUAUUUUUGAUCAGGUUUGUGCUAGAGACAAUUAAGUUCCAAACACGCAGUAGAGUUAGUAUUACAGAUUGCAUUCUUGUUAUAGUAUGUUACUAGAAGAUGUCUGAUGCAACCAGCUCAUCUAUAUAUUUUUUAUGCUUGUAUAAUUUGUGGCUCAAAUGGAGAAUUCAUAGGUAAGGUCUGAUUGCUAGUUAAAUCUUGUAAAUUGUAUGAACGUGGGAUAUUUUAAAUUUGGUACACACAAUGUGUUUGCAUGUGUGUUGAGCAUAAGAAU